AAAUUAGAUUUGUGCGUGCUGGGCCGCCUGCGUCGCUGGUCCAGAGAUCGCGCCAGCUCCAGCCUGGGUACAGCUAGAUAGGGCUGCCGCGCGACAUGCGGCUGCGGCCGAUCCAUUGGCGGCUCCAGCAGCCAAUGGCGGCCGCAUUUUGAUUUGAUACCAGAGGGCUGUUUGAUAUCGCGCGAGAGUCCAGCAGUUCUCCGCCGCUGCAGAAUGUGCAGUGCGGGCCACGCCGCCGUCUGAAUAACACUUCCCCCUGUCGCCGACCAGCAGCACUCGCCGAACAGAAUGGCAGAAGACACUGUAAAGGGCAUCGCAACGGUGGAGAGUGGCCUGAGUUCGGCUCUGGCCGCCUCCACACCUGACCCCCUGGUGAGCAAGGAGCCGCCCGGAGAGUACAAGUCAUACAAACGGCGGUGGUUGGUGCUGGCCCUCUUUGUGCUCUACUCGGCCUCCAACGCCAUGCAAUGGAUCCAAUACUCCAUCAUCGCUAACGUCGUCCAACGUUACUAUGGCGUCAGCUUCCUGGCCAUCGACUGGACCUCCAUGAUCUUCAUGAUCACUUACAUUCCACUUAUCUUCCCAGGCUCCUGGAUUCUCACUAAAAAGGGUCUGAGGUUCACGACAUUGCUUGGCGCGCUGGGAACGUGUCUUGGCGCCUGGGUGAAAGUGUUUUCGGUGGCGCCUGACCGCUUCUGGGUGUCUUUCGGCGGCCAGUCCAUCGUGGCCGUCUCUCAGGUCUUCAUCUUGUCGGUGCCCGCGCGACUGGCGGCCGUCUGGUUCGGCCCCAAACAAGUGUCUUCCGCCUGUGCCAUCGGCGUGUUCGGCAACCAGCUUGGUGUGGCGUCUGGAUUUUUGCUGCCACCUAUUCUAGUUAAAAACCAUGAUAACCUUGAUGACAUCGGUUACGACUUAUCUUUUAUGUUUUACGGCGUGGCCAUCUUUACGACCAUUCUCUUCGUAUUUCUUGUCAUUUUUUUCAAAGCAGAACCUCCAACCCCUCCAAGUGCAGCUCAGGCCAACCGUGGAACCAGCGCGGAUGACGAAAGUGCUGCCGAGUUUGUGAGAACGCUGGUUCGACUGUUCAAGAAUGGUGGAUACAUUCUUCUGCUUCUAAGUUACGGCAUUAACGUCGGCGUUUUUUACGCCCUCUCCACCCUACUCAACCAAAUCGUUAUCGCCAAUUUCCCGGGAGCUGACUCUGAUGCUGGAACGAUUGGACUGUGCAUUGUCCUCGCUGGUAUGCUUGGAUCUUUGGUCUGCGGCAUUGUUCUCGACAAAACGCAUAAAUUUAAGGAGACAACUCUGAUUGUUUACACCUUUUCAUUCGUUGGAAUGAUUUUAUAUUCAGCCACGCUGGGAGUGGGCCAGAUCAUCAUUGUCUACAUCACAGCUUCAGCAUUAGGAUUCUUUAUGACCGGAUACUUGCCAGUUGGAUUUGAGUUUGGAGCUGAGCUUACUUACCCCGAAGCUGAAGGUACCACUGCUGGAAUUCUGAAUGCCUUUGCGCAAAUUUUCGGUGUCGUUUUCACCCUGAUCUAUGGGUGGCUCUUUGGCGAGUGGGGCGACAUGGUAGCCAACAUCUUCGCGUGCGCCGCACUGCUGGUUGGAGUCAUUCUCACGGCUAUCAUCAAGUCCGACUUGCGGCGGCAGAAUGCAUCAAAGGGACCCCAAAACGGAGCAAAUUAAAUCAUAUUCAUUUUUAGGGAAAACGGUCCUCUCUCAGCAAGUACAACAUCCUGUGGAUGGUUUUAAAUCAAAGCAAUGCCAGUCUGAAAUGGCACACAGUCAAAUAUCUGCCGGCUUGAGAGUAAACUCGCUGGACAGUCUUUAUUUUUUGCAUUUUACGUUUGGUAAAUUAUUAUGUACAUAGAAAAUAAGAACGAAGCAGCAUGCAUGAUUGAUUGGCAUUCUAUUCAAAUUAAUUUUUUUCUUUUCCUCAUUCAAAUAAAAUUGUUAUAAAAAGAGAUCUCAAAUGACUAACAACAGUUCAGGCCAGCAAGAUCAAAGUAUUGGGUCGCUGCGAAGAAGCUAUAAAUGUCACUUUGUUUAAAAUUUGAAUGGACGUGAUUGGUUUGUUAAAAAAUUAUCGUCUAACCGUUGAUGAAAAUAUAAUUUGUAAUACUCCCACACAAUAUUAUAGUCUGCAGUGCAACUGAAAUGUCGAGAAAACCAAUUAAAUAGAUUAUUGUCUCUAUAUUCUCUACUAAUAUUUACAAAGCGGCAGCUGAGGAAUUGCCACAAAUUCGAAAAAACGUGCAUUGAAGCACAAAAUUCAUGAUAGCUACUAGGAUUAAAGAAAAAUCAUGCGACUUUCUUCCUAUUGGCAGAGGUGAAACUGAAAAUUAUAUUGCUAAGUAUGUAUACAAUAGCCAUGAAAUGCACUCAUUUGCGCGUAUUUCUGUGGUGAUUAUCUCUCGUCAUAAUAGACUUAGCUAGAAUGUUAGGGAAACCAAAAUGAAGACAAUAUUGACUACGACAAUAUAUAUCACUGUCAAAUUUGUUGUGUUCUAUAGUGAUUGCAUUAGCAACUGAAAGUUAGAAACUUUUGAAUGUGCCAAAUGCCAAAGAGUUGGAACUGUAUUUACAUUUUUCACUGCACGCAUUUUAGCUUGUACUGGACACACAGUACAAGAUUGGUUGCUGGAAAACCAUCUGUGGAGUGAAAAUUCAAACUGUAUUUAAUCAAAGUUAGGGCUCAAAUUUGAUGUUUGUUUUUUGUUUAUGGCUACAUUAAACAUGUUCAAUUGUGUAUGAUUUAUCGCAAGGUAUAGCAACAAAAAUACUAUAAUACUUGUCCUAUUCAUCUCUAAAUAAUGGUCAGUAUGCACAUGAGCAAUAUUAAUUGUCUUGUUUUAGAAAUUCUGAAUAUGCUAGCAAUUUAAUUAUUAUGGGUUUGUCUGGUAAAGGAAAGCCUGUAGAGGACAACUUGUACGCGAAUUUUGCUGAAUUAUCUUCAUUAUUAUGGAAACUGGAAGACAAUAUAUAUUAUUACUGCUAAAAAUCAUUAGUUUCCCGUAAAAGCAUAAAAUAAAAAUGCAAAAUGUCUAGCCUUUAAAAUUUCAUGUGAGCAAAAUAAAUAUUUACUGUUAUUUGUAACAAUAGUUGGCUUGCUUCAUGCCAAUGAGACAAUAAAUGAUUAAUCAUGAAAAA